ACAGAAGAAGAAGAAGUUCCCGGUUCACGGCUAGGCAUCAUCAUGCCUACUGCUGUGAUUAUGGAGGAAAAUUUUGACAAACUAUUAGAGCAGUGUGAAGCUCAGGAACUGGAGGCUCCAGGGGGCAUUGCAACACCUCAAGUCUACGCUCAGCUGCUGGCGCUGUAUUUACUCAAUAAUGACAUGAAUAAUGCCAGGUAUCUAUGGAAGAGGAUUCCACAAGCAAUAAAAUCGGCAAACCCUGAAUUAACAGCUAUUUGGGCUGUUGGCCAGCGCAUUUGGCAGAGAGACUUUCCAGGGAUCUACACAGCCAUCGCGGCUUUCCAAUGGUCAGAGAAUAUCCUUCCGGUCAUGGAGGCCCUGCGAGAGAGCACGCGGCAAAGGGCGUACGGUCUCGUAGCUCAGGCGUACACUUCCAUCACAGCAGAAGACUUCGCUGCCUUCGUGGGCUACUCUGUGGAAGAGGCAGUAAAGGGUGUGGUGAGCCAAGGCUGGCAGGCCGACCCCGCUACCAGGAUGGUGAUGCCCAAAAAGCCAGAUCCUCCCCCUGUUUCUUUGGUUCCAAAUGAGCAGCAGUUGGCCAGACUCACUGACUACGUGGCUUUCCUCGAGAACUGAUAACCCACCACAACCACUGCCACCCGUUUUCAGCCACUUGGUACUGAGGGAGAAUCCCAGUUCGGAUAGACUCUUCAUCCCACUCCCUGAUAAAGAAACACGUACCAAAAACACCCAUCAUCUUGCAUGAAUGCUGCAAGCUCUUCUCCAAGACAUGCCUAUUUACAUUCACUGACUAAUACACCUCCCCUCCCGUUGAAAAUGUGUCACCUUUUAGACUACAAUGUUUUAUGAAACUCUCUUUGCUUUCCGGAACCCACCUAAUGUGUAAAUUUGGGUCUGAUUUCAAACAAAGUACGUUUCAAAUCACUGUCACUAUGUUUUUAUUGCCGACAUAACAAAGCCUUCCCUCCCUUCCAAUAGAAAUCCAGAAGCCAGUAUAGUAUGUGCAGUACACCCAUUCUGUUUUAGCACUUAAAAGGUUACCAUGAAACAAACGUCGUCGGGUAACAGAAGUCUUGGCAUGCAUGCAUCACUGUGUGGAGUUCAGUCGUCAGACCUCAUAUUUUGAAGUUUAUGUUUUGACUGGUGAAUAAAUAUUUUGCUGUUUCUAAUUUA